GAGUUGACCAAUCAGGAGACGAGCUUGCGGUCGGUGUGGCCAAUCCGUUGUCGGCGUCUCGCAGAGGGGCGGGAUCUUAGAGGUUUGGUUACGGUGCAGUGAAGGAGAGGAGAGGGAUGUGUGUGAGGAAGAAUAUGGAAGUUAUGCGGAGUUAGUAGCAGUUCCGGAGCGGCUCGAGUAUUGUGUGAUCCGGUGUGGACUGUCCGAGCGGACAUAGGCAACAUGGAGCAGCCCGCGCCCAAGAGCAAACUUAAAAAGCUGAGUGAAGACAGUCUGACGAAACAGCCAGAAGAGGUCUUUGAUGUUCUAGAAAAGCUUGGCGAAGGGUCCUAUGGCAGUGUAUUUAAGGCCAUUCACAAAGAGUCUGGGCAAGUAGUUGCAAUAAAACAAGUUCCUGUGGAAUCAGAUCUUCAGGAAAUCAUUAAAGAAAUCUCUAUUAUGCAGCAAUGUGACAGCCACUAUGUUGUGAAAUAUUAUGGCAGCUACUUUAAAAACACCGACCUAUGGAUAGUAAUGGAGUACUGUGGAGCUGGCUCCGUCUCCGACAUAAUUAGAUUACGAAAUAAAACUUUAACAGAAGAUGAAAUUGCUACUAUACUAAAAUCAACGCUAAAGGGCCUUGAAUACUUACACUUUAUGAGGAAGAUCCAUAGAGAUAUAAAAGCCGGGAAUAUCCUCCUGAACACGGAAGGUCAUGCCAAAUUGGCCGACUUUGGAGUUGCGGGCCAAUUGACAGAUACAAUGGCAAAGCGUAAUACAGUAAUUGGCACUCCAUUCUGGAUGGCUCCUGAAGUGAUACAAGAAAUUGGGUACAACUGUGUAGCAGAUAUUUGGUCUCUGGGAAUUACAUCAAUAGAAAUGGCAGAAGGAAAGCCUCCUUAUGCGGAUAUUCAUCCAAUGAGGGCUAUAUUCAUGAUUCCCACAAAUCCUCCUCCUACCUUCAGAAAACCUGAAUUGUGGUCUGACGAAUUUACAGAUUUCGUCAAGAAAUGUCUGGUGAAAAACCCUGAACAGAGAGCAACUGCAACGCAGCUUUUACAGCACACAUUUAUCAAAAAUGCUAAACCGGUAUCCAUUCUCCGAGACCUCAUCACAGAAGCGAUGGACAUCAAGGCAAAACGACACGAGGAGCAACAGAGAGAACUAGAAGAAGAGGAUGAAAAUUCUGAGGAAGAUGAACUUGACUCUCACACCAUGGUGAAGACCAGCUCUGAGAGUGCCGGGACCAUGAGGGCGGCCAGCACGAUGAGCGAAGGUGCUCAAACCAUGAUCGAGCAUAACAGUACCAUGCUGGAAUCUGAUCUGGGCACCAUGGUAAUAAACAGUGACGAGGAAGAAGAGGAGGAGGAAGAUGGCACUAUGAAAAGAAAUGCAACAUCUCCACAAGCACCACGGCCUUCCUUUAUGGAUUACUUUGAUAAGCAAGACUCUAAAAACAAACCCCAUGAGAACCACAACCAGAAUGUCCAUGACCAGUACCACAUAUCCAAGAAUGUAUUCCCUGACAACUGGAAGGUUCCUCCUGAUGGCGACUUUGACUUUCUGAAGAAUUUGAGCUUCGAGGAGCUUCAGAUGAGACUAAAAGCUCUUGACCCCAUGAUGGAGCGUGAGAUAGAAGAAUUGCGGCAGAGGUACACGGCAAAGAGGCAGCCCAUUCUUGAUGCAAUGGACGCCAAGAAGAGGAGGCAACAGAACUUCUGAUGAGAGUCUGGUUUCUUUCUUAAAAAUGGACAUAAGCAAUUUCUAGGAACUCCAGAAGUAAAACCUGUGGUCACAUCUUACAAAUGUUUUCCCAGGGAAGUAAACGUGUUUGUAACUUUCUCCAUUCUUGUAAAGAACAUUGAGCAAAGAGGAGGGAAAAUAUUCAAUGAUAUAAGCCUGAGAAUGAUAUCUUUGGGUCCUACAGAUGACUUUUUACACAUCUUCCCUUGGCUUUUUCUCCAUUUUCUUUUAACUAGCAUUAUCUGCCCUAGUCUUUGCAUGUCCUUGUAUUGUAGAGGAACGGAAAGACAUUUAGAAGAAUCCAUCAGGAGAAGCAGCCAGCAUAGUCUUUUAUUAUUCCUUCAUAUCAGAGUUUUUCAGGGACUUAUGUUCGCACCUUGGUAAAUAUUAAUUUGCCUUAAAGUUACAACAUAUCUAUUUAUUUCUGUGUGUUACAUUUGAGUGUGACGGACAUUAGUGACCAAAUGUGUUCUGUGGUUUUUAGUUGAUUUUUUUUUUCCCUCAUUGUGAUGUUGAAAUGUAGACAUAAUGUAUGUAAGUCUGCUUUUCCAAGUUAUUGCUAAAGCUUCACAGACUGGACAGCUUGAUGGGGGUAUUUUACUGGUGUCACCUUGCUGAAGCAAUAUUAGCAGCCCUCCAUAACCACCACUAGUCAGUAUAAUUAUUUACUGGGGCCAUGAAUCCAGCUUCCCUAUGUACUGAAACAGAGACAACUGGGGACCCGAAUACAGCAGGGUUGAUAACAAAGCUAUAUUUAUAGUUUUCCAUCAAGCAUGUGUGUGUUUUUUCAUUGUCUUCGAGAUUACCAUGUAUUAAGUCCAUGUCAGAUCUUUUCUGUGUUUGAAUCAGAAUAGCUUUAAUUUUGGCCUGUCUGCAUAUACCGAAUUUUGUACGUUCUAGGCCCAAAGUUGAAAAUCUAUUCAGGGAACAAAGAAUAUAGAAAGUACACACCAAAAUUCCAGCAGUACUGAGAAAUCUGUGACAAAUGGAUAACAGCUAUAGACUCUCAAUCUAGUUUGUGACAACUGACUGCAGCAGGAUCCUCCCCCACAAGUCUGUUUGUACUAGAAGACUUAAUUACUAAUGUAUCACUGGGGAAUUAUUCUUCAAUAAGAACACCCCUUUCCCCAUGAGACUUCUCACUAUCAGGGUGUAUUGAUAAAGAUGCCCUUGGAGAGAGAAAUUAUGCUAUAUAUAUGAAGUUAAGGAACAUCCAAUAAGGCAGUGAUGAAAAAAUAAUAUAUAACUUUUAUUCUCCGGGGGUCGCGUAACUAGUUAGCAUGGAGGAGUCUCGUUCGUUAUCGGAAUUAACCAGACAAACUAGUUACGCGACCCCCGGAGAAUAAAAGUUAUGUAUUAUUUUUUCAUCACUGCCUUAUUGGAUGUUCCUUAACUUCAUAUAUAUUGUACUAGAAGACAAUGAUUGUUAAGCCCCAGCCCAUUGCCUAAGCAGAUACCUUGUGUUAUUUGUAAAAAAAAUUUUUUUUACAAGGCUGUGUGUUUUACAGAAAUGCAGAAAAUCUUACACACCAACUAACAGCAUGGGAAAAUAUAUCUCCUGCUCUACUUUAGGGUACGUUCCCACACACAUAAUCUGCUGCAGCUUUUCAGUAAUGGAAAAUUGGAAGUGAACAGGUAGCAGCAUAAUCUGCUUACAGAAUUUCCGCUGUGAAUUAUGUGUGAACUUGCCCUUAUGGUUCAUUUUUAGGUUUAUUGUUCUUUCAAGAAUUCCAUUUAUUAUAUUAUCAGGUAAGUGGUUCACUAUCACAGACACAUUUGUGUAAAGGAAAUCCUAGCAAAUGUUUAGUGUGUGUGCUUCCAUGCCUCCUAUUGGUCUUCUGUAAUGGGAGUGAUAUUCUUAAUUUACGAUAUGCUAGUUAAAGGAGAAGUCCCAUGUAGAAAAAGUAUUGUGUUUUAAAUGCAGAAGCAAAAGUUAUAUCACUUUGUAAAUCACUGACUUCACCCAUCUUGUAUAUAAAACCUGUUUUUUUAGCUUCUUUGUUCAGAGAGGAAGUUCAGCAGCUCCCUGUUCUGAUGACUUGCGACCCCCCAUUGAGCUGCAUUAUGCUGGGGGCCGUGAUGUCACAAUUUCCCAUAGUUCUGCAGCUUAGCCAGCUCUGUGCACGGCCAGGGAACCUCCCAUGUGCAGCUUCAGCCAAUCAUAGAAGCCCCAGUGAGCUGAGCACGUGUAUUCAUCUCCUCGGCAGGGAAGCAUCUGACAGCCAGCUCAGUGUUUAUAACAGCAAGAACGAUGUCCCAAUGUCCCGAGAAGAAGCAGAGGGGGAGGGGAGAUCCCUGCUUUCCCCUGCACUGAUCACAAUCUGACAACAGGUCAGUCUGAAAGAACGAUGUCCUGAGAAUAGAAGCAGGGGGAGGGGAAACACUGAGCCUGCUGUUAGGAAAGUGAUCAGUGUCUAGGUCAGUGUAUCCCAACCAGGGUGCCUUCAGCUGUUGCAAAACUAAAACUCCCAGGCAUGCUGGGAGUUGUAGUUUCACAACAGCUGGAGGCACCCUGGUUAGGAAGCACUAGUCUAGGCUGAGCUACUUCUAUGAUGAACUGAAAGGCAUUAUGGGAGACAGGAAGUCAGGGACCUCCAUGGACCAGGAAGUACCGAUCUUUCAGAGGGGAUUGCAGGAGAAGGGAGAGGGUGAGAUACAUGAGGAGCAGAUUGUCAGAAUGAUGAGCUGAUGCACUUUCACAUGAUAGAAAAAAAAAUUUGUGACUUGGUCCAUGAUACUUCUUCUUUAACUAAUACUAGAUAGAUAAUCUGCAUAUUGCAUACAAAAACUUUCGCACGUUCCCCAAUUUUCUGCAUCUUCCUGCUGCCCCUGGAAACUGUCUUUAGUAAUAUAUGACCUUUCAUGGCAGUCAUCCAAAAGUGUAUUUGGGGGGGCUAACAUUUUAUUGCCUGAUUUCCCUUGUCCACAUUAAAGGGGUUAUCCUGGAAAAAACUUAUUUAUUUAUUUAUAUA